CAGAACCGAAAAUAAACCAGUGCUUUGUUUGUCCAGAAUUUAUGAAGAAAGGAACCCUAUCCCAAGGAGGCCGCUCAUUUACCAGAAAAAUUGAGCUAGAAGAUGCGAUCAUUAGAUUAAUAGAGAAGCCAGCACAGAAGCCUUUGUGAAAAGAUAAGGGAUCAAUUUCAGUUUUUUUGUACAACUUUUAAGAGGAGAAAAGAUAGCAAGAGAGAAUUUUUCGAAAUUUGAAGGUUCAGAACAUAUUGAUCAAUAAUAAAAAGAAUCGAAAAUAUGAAAUAUAUUUGAGGCUAUACUGAUGAUCAGUGACAAGACUCAAGAAAUCAGGGUAUCUAAAUAUCUUCAGGUUAUAAGAAUGAAGAAGUCCAAAGAUAUCUCCAACCAAUUGACGGCUGAUCCCAUAUCUGGUUCACCACUCGCUGGAAAUUUG